UCACUGAUGUCUUCUUGAAUAAGCAUAUCUCUUGCGGUAUGACAAGGUUGCAUGACAUGCCAACUCUACCCGUGCAAGAUGGAGGUCAUGAAGCUGAAGCUGGAUCAGAUGGAGUUUUGUCACUCACUGUAUUUGUUAGCUAGAAAGCCGGACAUGAAAGUUCUUUAUGCUGAAGGUGGGCAAGACUUUGUCGAUCUGCUUUUCAUUUUCCUGGCUAUCCCUUUGGAGUCUGUAUGGGAAAUAACCGGAGGCAAUGUCGAGCUAGGAUGCAUUGGCAACUUUUGGAGAAACAUGAAGAGCUUGAGCUCUAGCGGAGGCACAAAUAGUAUGCUUCCUCAGCAUUAUGGUUUCCACAAAUCGCUAAUUGGUGUCGGUUACGAAAGGAAUAAGUUGGACGUGGACGUAGAUGAUGUUGAGGCUAUCAGUCUGUUGAGUGCAAUGAAUACAAAAUCUGACUUGGUUGCUGAACACACGUUACCGGUCAGUAGUGGGUUUGUGAAGAGAGGGUCAACAUUCAUGAUCUCAGAUGAUCUUAUUGUAACAGCUUCAAACUUGUCUUCGACCCUUGGCUUACUAAAGAAGUUGGACACAGACUUGGAUGAUAUCGAGGAACAAGUUAUUAGUAUCACUGGAGCAGAGGCUAUCAAUUUAUUGAAAGCUUCAUUGGUGACAUCCACCCCCUUGACCACUGCUCUCGGGAGCUUACUUCUAAAGAAGCCUAAAGUGGAGAGCCUUUAAGACAUCAAGGACUUUGUUGGGCAGUUUGAUCUUGCAGACAUGCUUUAGUUUCUUGUAACCGUUGGUUCAGUUUCGGAUUCUUUUCUCUCUAUAGUUUCUCAGACGAAUUUAAGGCAUUUUUUAUGCUACCUAAGUAUUUUCUGGUUUUCAGUUUCCAUAUGCAUUCAUUUAAUAACAGUUCUAGAAUCACAUUGAAAUUA